AGGCUCUGCUCCUCACCAGCAGGGGGACACAGGAGGAUGGGUGACAACUGGUGAUGUCAGAGUCAUUAGCAUAUUUCUGACUAUAUCUAAUGCUUGCGCAAAGACGCGCCACUACUGCUGCAACGCACUGACCAGAGACCUUCCAGCCGUCAGCCGAUACUCCGACUAUCUGCAACAAUGAGCGACAAGCCCGACAUUUCAGAGGUGACCAGCUUCGACAAGACCAAGCUGAAGAAGACAGAGACGCAGGAGAAGAAUCCCCUGCCUUCAAAAGAAACCAUCGAACAGGAGAAGGCAGCGGCAACGUCGUGAAGCCCCUCCCUCCCGUCAUGCACUGUACACCCCCCACCACCACCUCUUCCUCCUCCUCCUCCCCCCGCAUUGCCUUGUUUUCAGUCACUUCUUUUAGCUGUAUAACUUUGUAACCGAAAUUAUGACACGACAAACGUAACCGAGCUGCCGCAGCCCGCGGACGGGUGAUGCCUCCGGGCCCCCCGUCUCACUCCCACCACCCCCUCACCCCCCACGCCCCCACGCCACCCCCACAUAAACACCUUCAGCGAACGCCACCCUCUCGCUGCCGGGGUUAGAUGAGGAAGAUUUGUCUUGAAGGUGGAGCAGAGGGGUGGGGGGCCUGCAAGAAGAUAGUCCAAAAAAGACGGAUGAGACCACCUGUGCUACCAACAAUGGCGAGGGCCCGAGGGACGGGGCGGGGCGUGGUGUGCGUCCCCAGGAAGCUUCAUCAUCGUCUCCCCGAAAAAAAUCAAACUACCAACACCCAACUUCCUGUGUGGCUGCUUUUGCGCCAAAGCUGAGGCGUCAGGCUUUUAUUUUUUUGUUGUUUUUAUUGUUUUUCGUCUUCUAAUUUUCGGAAAUGCACAACAUUGUUUGUACGCUGGCCAAAAUGUAAAUGCCCCAAAAAUUGAUACUGUUGUCUGUCACAACGUUUUUCUUUUAUAUGUACACGAGGAUUAAAACAAAAAAGUGUAACUGAUUCCAUCUUGAUCUGGGAGAUGCUCAAAUGGACCUUAUUUACGGUUAAAUUGUAACAUACUUUUGUCCUUCUGUCAGAGUUAUUCAGGAUAGCUUUUGUGUUGCAAUCUGUCUCUGAAUUGUCUCAAAUGAGGAAAAGAAAAUAUUGGCAAUUAAUUCCAUGUGUUUGCUUUCGACCGUAGAUCAAAAUUCUUUGGAGUUUUGUAAAAGUCCCAGCAGUCAUGUUACUCUGCCACAAACCAUUACCAGAAAUGGAAAACCGUGAAAUGUUGUAAUAAAAAAGAAUUUGUUACUAAAGAA